AUGGUAGAUCACGGUAUGUUCUACUCCUCCAGGAUGAGUACUCUUUCUUCCAACGGAAGAGGCGACGCUUAUACUUGCAAAAAAGCUCUUCACUUGACUCUGAAUAAACCUAAUGUUGUUAAAGCAUGUUCGGAUUUGAAGAAGAAUGAACAUCAGAUAUCUCGUGAUUUUGCGGCAGAGACUAAGAAAAAGACUGAGUUUUUGGUGUUGAAGAAGAACAACGAUGAGAGAUCUAAGACUGGUGAAGUAACUAGAGAGAAGAAGCAAUCGGCUCUACCUCUGAAACUUUCUAAAACCCCUAGAUCUGGAACGGGAGAGAUUAAGCAAACUUUGAAGAAGCGUGGCCUUUCCAAGUCUGUUCCAGAAACAUCGAGGCUGAUCAAGUUGAAGAAGCAGCCGCCUGUGAAAGUAUCUGACAAACCUAAGAGUUGUCCUGUCUUGACGAAGAACGACACGGAUACGUUGGAACUGUUCGAGAUCGCCAAAAAAUCUGCUGAUUUUGCCAACGCAAAGGGAAUACUCGCGUCUGAAGUAGAGACAUCAAUGUGUGUAGAUACCCUCACUCUGCUCUUGGAGUUUCCCAUCAGCGCAAGAGAUAUGGAAACAAGGAAGCUCAUGGUUAGGCUAGAGCAUCUUACAAAACACAAGAACCGAAAAAUAUGCAAUUCUGCUUCAAAACUUCUUCAAUGUUGGAGGGAGAGUAUCAGAGAGCAACAACUCAGAGAGUCCCGUAAAACUCAAGGCUAA